ACAACACCGCCUCACCGCCACUGUCAGUCGAGUGUUGUCAGUGCAGAGGGACAGUAGUGUUUCUAGUCGCUUCGCUUCCCUUCACUCUACCUUAUACCAACAUGUUGUGUAAAGUUGUCGUACUGGCUGUUGUCGCCUCGUGCUUCCAGCAAGGAGAUGCCCUCAAGUGCCACUCCUGCACCUCCAUGACAGACCCCAAGUGCGGAGACCCCAUCGACAGCAGCGUGGGUCUCACCGAGUGUACCCCAGACUUCAUGAAGGACGCCACCAAAUUGCUACAGGGUGCUGCAGACGCCAUCUCCGGGCUCGCUGGCAAAUUGGGAAUCGACACCAACCUCGAUGUGCCCGACGCUAAUGCUGCCUUCGCCUGCGUCAAGGCCGUCAGACAAGAGGGUGACAAAAAGGCCGUUAUCAGAGGUUGCAGCGUGCCCAGUAACAGCAACUUCGACAUGUGCGCCAAGUUGAAGGCUCAAGGUGGAGGCGUCGUCACCUUCUGUGAGACCUGCACCUCCGACGGCUGUAACGGAGCCUCCGGAGUCUCGCCCAACUCCCUGCUGGCACUCCUGGUCGUGGCAGUGACUGCUCUGCUGGUGCGGCUGUAAACCUUCACUUGGUGUUAUCGUAGGUUGUAGAAGCUAUCUGCUGAAAUUUGGUUCCGUGACAUUCCGGAAAUCGUGCUUGCAAAACACAAUUACAGUACAAACGUGGCGAGAUUAUUUUCUACUCCAGGUUUACAGUUCCAUUAUCGUCGCACCUCGAAGCUAUGAUCACCAGAUAUAUUUUGUAUAUAUUUGCAUUACUAUGAGAAGUUUAAUAUUUUUGUUCAGGAUUUCAAUAAACACAUUAUUGGUGUAUUUUUAUGGAGACUGUGUAAGAAUGUUCUAUGACAUUUUGUCUGUUUAUUAGUAUUUUAGGAUAGUUAUGACAUCAUAAUUGUAUUUUGUUUUGCAAUAAAUGAUAGUUUGUAAAUAA